GGCUCCAGCUUGCCUGCGACCCUGUAGAAGGAUAAAGCGGCUAGAGAUAAUGAGAUGAGAUGAGAUUUGUUGAAGAGGAUUUUUCAGUUUAUUUAAAAAAUAAAAACAAAAAAGUAUGUGUGUGUGUUUGUGUUUUGCGGCAGUGUGUGAAGUUUCACUCGCGGGAUGAGCGUGCUGCGGCUGCGCUGGGGUGGUGCUGUGCGCGCGCAGGAGAGACUGAGCUCACACACGGACUUUGCGCCGCGUUACCGAUGAGAGUCCCGGUGCGUGUAACGCACGAGCGCUGAACACAACCGGCCCGUUGUUUUGCUUUCUUGAGUUUGCUUGCGCUGUUGGCUGGGUGGCCGGGAUGGCUGGCGUGGUGCGCACCCUGAGCCGGUGUCUGCUCCCCGCUGAGGCCGGACACGACACGAAUAACGGCAAAGAUGGAGCGCGCGAGCGGGACGCAACCCAGGCGCGCGAGGCCAAGCGGCGGAGUCGCGAGAUCGAUGCCAUGCUGGCGCGCGAGAGGCGCUCGGUGCGGCGCUUGGUGAAGAUCCUGCUGCUGGGCGCGGGGGAGAGCGGCAAGUCCACCUUCCUCAAACAGAUGCGGAUCAUUCACGGACAGCAGUUCGACCAGAAAGCGCUGCUGGAUUUUAGAGACACCAUCUUUGAGAAUAUUAUUAAGGGCAUGAGGGUGUUGGUGGACGCCCGGGACAAGCUCGAGGUGCCCUGGCAGAACUUCGAGAAUGAGAAGCACGGCAUGUUUGUUAUGUCGUUCGAAAACAAGGCAGGAAUGCCAGUGGAGCCCUGUACCUUCCAGCUGUAUGUGCCUGCCCUCCAGGCACUCUGGGGUGACUCAGGCAUCCAGGAGGCUUAUGGGCGCAGGAGUGAAUUCCAGCUGAGUGAAUCAGUGAAGUAUUUCCUGGACAACUUGGAUCGGAUUGGACAACUGAAUUAUGUCCCAAGUCUUCAGGACAUCCUCUUGGCCCGGAAGGCCACCAAGGGCAUAGUGGAGCAUGACUUCAUCAUCAAAAAGAUCCCCUUCAAGAUGGUGGAUGUAGGCGGUCAGCGCUCACAGAGGCAGAAGUGGUUCCAGUGCUUCGACGGCAUCACCUCUAUCCUCUUCAUGGUCUCGUCCAGCGAAUACGACCAAGUGCUGAUGGAGGACCGGCACACAAACCGCCUGGUCGAGUCCAUGAACAUUUUUGAGACCAUUGUCAACAACAAGCUCUUUUCCAAUGUCUCCAUAAUCCUAUUCCUCAACAAGAUGGACCUGCUGGUGGAAAAGGUGGCCAAGGUGAGCAUUAGUAAGCACUUCCCCGACUUCCGCGGAGACCCGCAGCGACUGGAGGACGUGCAAAACUACCUGGUGCAGUGCUUCAAGCGCAAGCGCCGCAACCGCAGCAAACCGCUGUUCCACCACUUCACUACGGCCAUCGACACGGAGAACAUCCGCUUCGUCUUCCAUGCUGUUAAAGACACCAUUCUGCAGGAGAAUCUGAAAGACAUCAUGCUGCAGUGACUGAGAAACCAGGCUGCAUGUCACAGAACCUGACCACUGUAAUGCUUACCACUGUGAGAGGAGACUGCCUUCUGCACGUCAUUUCUACACUUUCAGAUGAACACAUAAAUGCAAUACACAGUUGUGUAUUACUGAUUUCCUGUCAGCUGAUUGGAAAGUAGACUCUUAUAUGUGCUUUUGGCCCAAUAUGUACCACUAUGUUUAAGAUGAGGCAUCUGGGAAAUGUGAUUUAAAACUGUAGUACAUGUAUAGUAUGAGUAUUUGAUGAAAAAUAACACUGUGUGUGUGUGUGUGUGUGUGUGUGUGUGUGUGCGUGUGUGUGCGCAUGAGGAGAAAGAGAGAGAGAAGCAGGAAAGAAGGUCUCACACCAUUGACUUGCCAAGUCCUCCCAGUGUUGACUCAUUGUAUACAAAGACAAAGCGUUCGAGUUAGUCAUCAUAAAGUAAAAUGAAUUAUCGACUUCCUGUCUGCUCCUAACCACGGCUGAUGUAAGUGUUUUCUUCAUAAAUAGAUAAGGCCUCGUUAAUAAAAGACGGCCAGGGCCUUUGUGAAGCCGUCUGACAGCGCUCUUUGUCCCCGAUUUAAAACUUUUGUUGCCGUUGUUGUUAACAAAGUUCGAACAUCUCUUUUGCUAUUUCUUCAAGGAUGAAACUCCAAGCACUUCUGUUUCAAACUGGUUCUCUUCCAAGCGUAUACUUUCUUCAACAACCAAAAACUGAUCUUCUGCACUAAUGUUUGAGUUUGAGCCCUUGAUUUUCCACAUCACUGCAGUUGUGUAGCCAAACCUAUGUGCAUCCUUAAGAAAUAUUAUAUUUGAAUUAAGCUGGAGAUUUGUAUAAAUACGUAAAUUGAUAUUUUGUACAUAGAUUUACGUUCCUUUUUAAUUUUUUUUUAUUUUUAGACACUUUUGUAAUUCCUACCACUUAUAACUCUUUCUGGGUCACAAGUACUAUUGAUAGUUGGUGUCAGAUCACUGGUUUAUAUUUUAUUUCCAAACAUCACUAACUUCAGAUAAUAAAGGCACUGGGGAGACAUGUCUUGAAA